AUGUUUGUUACAAUCUAUCUAUCUAUCUAUCUAUCUAUCUAUCUCAACCUCCCUCAACCUAAACCUGUUUAUAACUUUCUAUCUCAACUUGUCAAUAUCUAUCUAUCUAUCUAUCUAUCUAUCUAUCUGAACUACUUAGUGCGAAAUCUAUCUAUCUAUCUAUCUAUCUAUCUAUCUAUCUAUCUAUCUAUCUAUCUAUCUAUCUAUCUACUUCAUAUAAAAGCCUUCAUAUCUAUCUAUCUAUCUAUCUAUCUAUCUAUCUGUAAAACCCUUCAUAUCUAUCUAUCUAUCUAUCUAUCUAUCUAUCUAUCUAUCUAUCUAUCUACUUCAUAUAAAAGCCUUCAUAUCUAUCUAUCUAUCUAUCUAUCUAUCUACAUUUUUUCAUGCUCGAAACGAUUCUGUCAAACGUCUAUCUUGUUCACUGCUUUGCUCAACGACGGCUGUCUGCCGCACGGGCGCGCUGGCUGCCGGGCGCGGUGGUUCGCUCCGGUCCGUCGAAGCAAAGACAAAGCGAGCAGCGUGCCUGCCGCGCGGGUGAUGCAAGCUGCCGCGCAGUGA